UCUGACGUCCUCGAGCACAUUUCCGCAAUGAAUCCUGGGAGGAACUGCGCAUUUGGCGGAAUGUUUGAACAAUUUAUACAAAUCCUGGCUCACGAUGGCAGCGAAAAGCACAAAUAAUAUAAUACCAGGUCGAUGAUAUAUUGAAAUCCAGACAUUCUGAAUAAUCCAGCAACAUGGACGGCAAAGGCAGUGAGGAACAACACGAGAGAAAUGAAAUCGCCAAACGGACGCAGAUGAAGUCGAAAGUAAACAGACUGAGACGGAGCCCGAAAGCAGCGUCGCUGAACCCCGGGCAGACCCGUAACACAGCAGAGUUCAAAACCCCCACACGUCCGGUGAGAGGCCAGUUCAGAAGAUUGAUACCUGACGACUCGCCCAGCAAUGAUCCUGAUUUUCAACAAGAUAUUAUAUGGGAUACGACAUCUCCAUCACCCGUUCGACAUGGUCGCGGACAGAGGAGAGCUGCCAGUGUCAGAGCGGUGGAUAUAUCAGACAUCGCCAAUCGGAUCGCUCCAAAGAAUGGAAGACUAGAAGAAGGGGACUCAUCUUUGCUGCAGUGGAUUGGGGAUAGUGCCAUUCCCUGCACACCAGAAGUACAGCAACCCCAAGUCAAGCCCGUGUCGACAAAACAGAGCACUGUAGAAGAUCUAAUGCGGCUGGCGAAGCAGUUUGACUUCAACAUGAGGCAAGAUGAAGCUCAAGAACAGAACUCCGAUGCACCGGGUUCAAAACAUGCUGAGGAACAAGAGCCGCCACAUGACGACCGAUUCACACCAGCUCACAAUGGUUCUGCUCUAAAACCCAAUGACGAGAAGCCUGUUGAUGAAAGGGGACUUUAUCAGGAGGUGGACGAUGAUCUUGAUUUCCUUUUUGAUGGGCCGACUCAGCAGCUCAGCGGGCGUCUCAGUCAGGCGUCAGAUUAUCGUACUCAGGAAGCUCCUGAGAGAAAUCUCAGCAUUGAGAAAGCCAGCGAUUCACAAAAAGGUUCUACGUUCACUAUGGCAGAAAACCAUUGCAGUAAACAAGUUAAGAAGGCUGAUGAUUUUGAUGACGACUGGAAUAGUGACGGUUUACUCGAUGACUCGUUGCUUUUGGAGAUGACGCAAAACCCGGACCUGUUUGCUGCACCGCAGUACAGUUCAACACAAAAACAAACUCAUGAGAAUCAUAAUACUUUCAGUGCAAGGACAAACAAAACACAACAAGCUAAAAAUUAUGUUGAGCGUGGCACAUUUCAAGGGCAAAAGACGAAAAGUGAACAAAGUUUUCAGCAGGACUCUAGAAUGCAUGCAAAGCCUUAUGGAGGGUUGCCUAGAAUUGGAAAUCACGUGGAAAAUAAUUUCACAAAUCCAGUUUUGCCAGUUCUUCCAAGUUGCUUUAAUGGCAACCAGAAUCAGCAAUAUCAGCACAAAACGCAAGUACGACAGCUUCAGGUUAUUCUGAAUUCAUCUAAGCUCAAUGCUGUUUCCUCAACGCACAAGAAAACCGAAGAGAUGCUGCCGUCCUCCAGUCUCAGUACUGUAAAACCUCCUCAUUCAAAUCCUCCCAGCAUGCACCAGAAUCCAAACUCUGGAGGCAUUAAACAAGGAGAGGAUGCCGUUACACCCCGAGAUGGCUUUAGUGAUGUUUUAGAUGAAGACCUGGACUCUUUUUUUGCAUCUGACGACAUCUGGGAUGACGGAGUGGAGGACGAUGAUCUGUUUUGUGAGGCGUGUGAUAAUCUAGAGGAGUUAUCUGGCAACGCUGAAACCCCAGCCACAAACAACCAACAAAACACCACAAAAGCACUACAAAACAAGCCGUAUGGCACUGCUGAAACGGCCAGUCAGCAAACGGUGUUUGCUCAUCCUUAUGCUCCCGAAAAGCCGGCCGCUAAUGUUUCCACGUCCAGUGCAAACACAUCAGUGUCUCUGUACGGCCAGAAAGCUCAUGCGGUGAACUCUGGGCCUGCAGGACUCGGCUCUAAUGUGUCAUGUGAUGCAACGAGGCCAUCUGGCCCCUCAAGUAAUGGACCGUAUAAAUUCAAACAGGUGAGAAGCUCAUCUGUGGUGGGACGGGGGACCUGUGCUGUUCCCCCCACACAGCAGGGUCACGAGAGGGGCGUGCUGGCCGUCCUCCAGUCAGAUGUGAGAACAGCAGACAGUCAUCAGUUCAGAAAGCCGUACAGUGACUCGUUCAGGUCUGCGCCGGUCAUUGCCAAAGAUGUGUGUAACUCUGGAGCCGUGAGGUGCAGUGAUGCUGAAAUUGAGGCGAAGAAGCAGCAGGCUGUGGAGAGGCAGAGACUCAGGAUGCUGGCCAAUCAGAACCUUAGAGCUCCUGUCUGAUUCACUGUUGCUAUGGAGAUGCACAACAAAACAGGUAUAUGUGUGUAUAAAGAGUUACACUGUGUCUACACCGCAACUAGAACUAUUGCCAUUAUAAGCAACACAUCUUUGCCGUUUCUUGGAUUAUAAUGGAAGCACAUUUAAUUUUCCCACAUCAUGCCGCUUGUUCAUGGACAAGGUGUUACCGAAACUCUUUAGGAACUUGUUUUUUUGUUGUUUUAAGGGUCAUUCUAAUGAGUAGAACAUUUGACUGCUCAAAAAAGAAAUGUUGAUCUAAGGACAUAUGUUUAGUAUUAUGCCUGUCAGAGAUCCUAGAUCAACAGUUGUUCUGAUAAACAUGUAUGCUGACCUUCUCAAUAGAUCCCCACUGGUCAUUACUAAAAAUCAGGAGUAGCUGUCACUUUUAUUCAAAUUUUAUGUAAAUAGUAUAAUACAUAUUUUUCUUCAAUUUGUUUAAAAAAGGUUCACAUUACUUAAAGUAAAUCACUCUUGUUCAUUUUUUAAAAAUGUAUAAUGAUGUAGAAGAAAUUUAAAAAAUGUUGGUUGGUUGAUUUGAUUGUUUUUGUCCUUUUAUGAGUCUAAAAGAAGAAGCCCAGAAUAUUAAAGUGACCUA